CUCCCCUAAACAUGUUGGCCCCCUGUAGAAAAACAACGAACAUUUUGCACAGUGGUGUAAUAAUUUGUUGAUAAAUCAAAAAUCCUGUGUUAAUUAACAGCCAUAACCAUAGCACCAGAUGAAACAGACAGUCUUGCUAGGUACCGAUAUACAGCAGACAAAAAUGGAAUUAAAACAAAGGUAUAUGGAUUAGGACAUGCCUGGAGGAAAGCAGAAGAAAUGACAUGUACAGCUGGUGGAUAUAAAGUUAAUGUUCUAAGGGACAGUCUGGGAGAAUUUACAAAUAGACAGGAUUUAGUUUUCAUUUACACAGAUAGCAGUGAUACAGUAUUUAUAGAGAGAAGGAAGGACAUAUUAUCAAAGUUUAAAUCAUUUGAUGCCAAAGUGGUGUUUGCUGCUGACAAUUUCAUAUGGCCAGAUCCAAAGUUAAAGAAGCAGUAUCCUAAGGUGCCACAGAUAGAGAGUAGAUACUUAAACGGUGGUGCAUUUAUUGGAUAUGCUAAGACCAUUGUGGAGAUGUUAAACUACAAGAAAAUAAAUGAUAUGGACGAUGACCAGUUAUACUUCACUAAAAUAUUCCUGGAUAAACAACUAAGAGAACAAUGGAACAUAAAAAUAGAUACAAAGUCAGAAAUAUUCCAAAGUGCUGUAGAUAAUUUAGAGGAUAUUGAAGUGAAAUACAAAGGGAACCACAGUUAUAUUGUCAACAAAAAGACUGGCAGUAAGCCGUUAAUAUUAUAUGGUAAUGGACCUAUAAAAGCAGCAUUUAAUCGUUUAGCCAGUGAUUUAGCAGAUGAAUGGACAGAAACAGUUGGAUGUGCUGCAUGUUCAAGGAAUACUAUCAGUUUAAAAGAUUUGAAGAAAGACGAUUAUCCAAUAGUUCAGUUAUCUGUUUUUAUCGACCAGCCAAUACCAUUUCUGGUUGAAGGGUUAAAGACAAUAAAAGAUCUGGAUUAUCCAAAGAAAAGAAUAGACUUGCUGGUAUACAAUAAUGCUGCUUAUCAUGAGGUUGAUGUUGAACUGUUUUUGUCCGGUUGCAUUGAUGAAUACCGAUCUGUAACAGUGAUUUCACCGAACGAUGAAAUGACAGGUACAGCUGCCAGAAAUUCCGCCAUAGAUCAAAAUUUACUGACUAAAUGUGCCUAUUUGUUCUUUGUGGAUGGGAAUGUUCAUCUUACAGAUCCUGAAACGCUCAAAGAUUUGAUUGAACAAAACAGAACUAUUCUUGCACCAAUGCUUUCACAGCAUAAGAAUUACUGGUCCAAUUUCUGGACUGGUCUGAAUGAUAACGGAUAUUAUGGACAAACAGAGGAUUACACAGCAAUGGUAGACCUGGAGAAAAAAGGUUUAUGGAAUGUGCCUUACAUUAGAUAUGUAUAUCUGAUUCAUGGUUCUGUAAUGCCUAAACUGAUGAGAGCAUUUAUCCGGGAGGAAAUAUCAGACGAAGAGGAGAGAGAUAUCAGCUUUACAAAGAAUAUCAGGGAGAAGGGCCUAUUUAUGUAUGUAAACAACAUGAAGUACCGUGGACAUUUGGUGAACACUGACGACUAUAAUACAACACACUUACAUAGUGACAUGUUCCAAAUGUUCAAGAACCCUUUGGAUUGGGAAAAGAAAUAUAUCCAUGAAAAUUACUCUGUUGCCUUAAAAGAUGGAGCAGUUAUAACCCAGCCAUGCCCAGAUGUAUACUGGUUUCCUAUAGUAUCUGAUACCUUCUGUGAUCACAUGAUAAAAACAAUGGAGGAUUAUGGGAAAUGGAGUGACGGAGGACAUGAGGAUAUUCGAGUAGGAGGCUAUGAAAAUGUACCAACAGUAGAUAUACAUAUGAGACAAAUCGAUUUUGAUGAACACUUUUUAAAUUUUCUCCAAACUUACGUACAACCUUUAAAGGAUAUAGUGUAUCCAGGAAUGUCAGGGGAUGCUGAUUCUGUAAUGAACUUUGUUGUGAGAUAUCGUCCAGGGGAACAAGAUCACCUAAAACCUCACCAUGAUGAAUCAACAUAUACAAUCAACAUAGCACUUAACAGACAAGGAAUAGACUAUGCUGGAGGUGGAAGUAGAUUUAUACGGUACAACUGUAGUGUUGUCAACACAAGAAAAGGUUGGAUGAUAAUGCAUCCUGGGAAAUUGACACACUACCACGAAGGACUAUAUACUACAUCUGGAACACGAUACAUACUAGUGUCAUUUAUAGAUCCAUAAUUAUCUAGAAUAUACUGUUAACUGGAAGAAUCAUAACUGA